GUUGUUGCUGGCUUUGCUGCCGCCGCCAACGCACACGCCACAUGGCAGUACCUCUGGAAGAACGGGGAGGACCUUGGCAGCACCUGUGUUAGGAAGGUUCCGUCCAACAGCCCUAUCGAGGACUACUCUAGCACCGCGCUGCAGUGCAAUGUGAACCCAGCUGAUGCGGAGGGCAACUGCGAGUUUGCGGCUGGUGACACAGUCACUAUCGAGAUGCACCAACAUGACAGCCGCUCAAGCACGGAGGAGGGCAUUGGAGGUGCUCACUGGGGCCCUGUUCUUGCUUAUAUGGCUGCCGUUGAGGAUGCUGCUGCUGCGACUGGUGCAGAGGGCUUCUUCAAGGUGUACCAGAACACUUGGGCCAAGGCACCUGGAUCGACUCAGGGCGACAAUGACUUCUGGGGUACCAAGGACAUGAACUACAACGGUGGAAAGCUUGACUUCAAGAUCCCCGCCGACCUCGCCCCUGGCGACUACCUCCUCCGUGCUGAGGCAAUCGCUCUGCACGCCGCCAGUGCCUCUGGAGGUGCCCAGCACUACGUUUCGUGCUACCAGCUCACUGUCACCGGCAGUGGUUCAUUGAAGCCGACCGACACCGUCACCUUCCCGGACGCAUACACCAAGACCGGCCCUGGCCUUGGGUUCAACAUCCACGCUCCUCUUGACAGCUACCCUGCGCCGGGUCCUGCUCUCAUCGAAGGCGGAACUGAGGCUACUCCC